AUGAGCGACAAAAGAAGGAUACCGCCGAGAAAACGGCACGUGGAACCGUCGAAUAGAUCCAGGGAAUUCCGAGAAAUUGGAGAACCUAGAGAAUCUAUCAGGCAAACUAGAGAACUCCGAGAGACUAAGGAACCGAGAGAACUCAAAUACACUAGGGAAUCGAAAGAUGUUAGCAGGGAAUUCAGAGAACUUAAAGACAGUAGGGAGGCUAAGGAAGUUACCAGGGAACGUAGAGAACCUACCAGGCCACCAAGGACAAGGAUGCAACAGGCUCGAGACAAUGGAACCAUCGAUCGAAACGUGAACCGUGCCGAAAAAGUACCGAUGACGACCCUCGAUGAGAACGUGAACCGUGUUCCACGGCUGUACACAAACGAAUCAGCGGACCACUUGGGUUGGCAAGACAGAAUAGAACGCCUGUCAAUGAAAACCGAGGACACAUCGGAAGAUACAUCGGAAGACACAUCAGAAGUCGGAAGACCUGUACCAAUUGUACUUGCUCAUCCGGAUCAUACGUUCGAAUUGAACGAAGAUGCCCUAGCAGAAAUCCUCCUUCAAGAUGAUAUUAAAGACCGAAGUGUAGUUGUUGUAUCGGUAGCAGGAGCCUUCAGAAAAGGCAAAAGCUUCCUGCUCGACUUUUUCCUUCGAUACAUGAAUAAUCAGUAUAAUAACAAUAACCAAACGGACUCCUGGUUGGGUAACGACGACGAGCCUCUGAAAGGAUUCUCAUGGAAAGGUGGAUCCGAACGAGACACGACAGGGAUAUUAAUGUGGUCGGAGGUGUUUCGCGGUACUUUACCCACUGGUGAAAAGGUAGCUGUGAUCCUGAUGGACACCCAAGGUGCUUUCGAUAGCCAGUCAACGGUGAAAGAUUGCGCGACCGUGUUUGCCUUAAGUACGAUGUUGUCGUCCGUGCAGAUUUAUAAUCUGUCGCAGAACAUCCAAGAGGAUGAUCUUCAACAUUUGCAGCUGUUCACCGAGUACGGUAGGCUCGCGUUAGAAACAUCCGGUCGUAAACCGUUCCAAAAGCUGCAAUUCUUAGUAAGAGACUGGAGUUACCCGUACGAGGCGAAAUACGGUGCCAAUGGUGGUAAUCAGAUAUUGCAGAGGCGAUUGGAAAUUUCUGAUAGCCAACACCCGGAACUACGUAGUCUCAGAAAGCAUAUCAGAUCUUGUUUCUCGGAUAUAUCGUGCUUCCUGAUGCCACAUCCGGGCUUGAACAUUGCCACCAAUCCUCACUUCGACGGUAGAUUAGCAGAAAUUCAAUCUGAAUUUAAAGAACAGCUGAGAGUGCUGAUACCGAUGUUGUUGGCACCGGAAAAUUUAGUAACGAAGAAAAUCGAUGGUCAGGUUGUAAAAGCAAAGGAUCUGUUGGAGUAUUUUAAAAGUUACAUGAAAAUCUAUCGGGGAAAUGAGCUUCCUGAACCAAAAAGCAUGUUGGUGGCGACAGCAGAGGCAAAUAAUUUAGCCGCAGUUACAGAAGCCAAGGAGCUUUAUAUGCGAUCAAUGGAAGAUGUUUGCGGAGGAAAGAAACCAUAUGUAGCAACGGCAUAUCUUGAAACGGAACAUAUGCGAUGCGUUGAUCGAGCUAUUAGUAUGUUUCAGAAUAAAAGAAAAAUGGGUGGUGAUGAGUUUAGCAGAAAGUAUAUGCGCAGAUUGAGGCAGGAUAUGGAUUCAGCUUUCGAUCAAUUUAAGUCUCAGAAUGAAAAUAAAAAUGUCUUUAAAUCAGCACGAUCUGCAGCAGUGUAUAUUAUUAUUGCUAUUGUUUCGUACUUUUUCUCUGUAGUAUUUGGUUUUACGGGCUUAUACACAAUGGCAAAUAUUUGCGGCUGUGUCGUUUGGAUUUCUAUAGUAGCACUUAUCAUAUGGGCAUACAUUAGAUAUAGCGGUAAUUAUGGACUAAUGGGUGGUUUGAUAGAUGAUGCAGCUAAUUUUAUCUGGAACAAUUUCAUGAAACCAUUCUACCAACAAUUUGCGGGUCAGUCAAUGUCCGUAGCGAUGGCUGCUGCUGAAAUGGCUAGAAAUUCGACAAUGAAUGCCACUGUCACUGCCAAUGGCAAGCCUAAGAUGACGUAAUGUUCAUUCCCUUUAAAAUCGAAUCUCCAGUGCAUUAAAAACAUACAUUAAUGUAUUGCAACCAAUAAGUGGCAUAACAAAAUUUCAUUGUUUUGAACGUUUAAUACGAGGCCAUAAAUAACUUUUGUUAAUAAUGAUUGUUAAGUCACAAAAAGUAAAAAAAAUAAGAAAAAAACAGAGAGUGUGUUGGGUAUACAAAUUAAUAACGACUGUGAAUGUAUAUACAGUAUAUUUUUGAUUACAAUUCCCUAAUAGAUUGUUGAAAAUCGUGGUUACUAGUAUUGUCUAUGAUUACUACAUGCAUUGUUAGUGACAUAAAAUUCCAUAAUUACUGGUAAAUAAUACUGUAAUUCGAACAAAAACUAUUGUCUUAGGGUUGUUAAUGUUUAUGAUCCAUUUUAAUUAUUUCUUUUAUAUUGAAAAAUACAAAAUUUCCCAGUAAUCAUGGUAUAACUAGAAAAUAAGUUAGUAUCACAAAACAAAAUUUUUUGUUUGACGUAAAGUAUCAUAUAAAAAAAUUUUAUUUUAUGUUUCUGAUUUAUUUUCUGAGAAGAAAUCAGGCUCUUCUUAGUUUUAUACCGUGAGUACUGGAACAUGCCGUGCAUGUAUGUCGAAAUAAAAAAGGGAAAAGGGAAACAAAGCAACGUUCUAGCAACAAAUACUUUUACAUUUUUUAAUAUUAUUAAAUUCAUAUUUGACUUUUUAAGUAGAAAAAUAUACAUAAGCGCAUUUCAAGGUCACAAAAGGCGUAUUAUAAUAUUUUUGAGACGAAAUUUGAACCAUAUAUAGUUUGUAUGUUUAUGCAUCGUUCUGUGUACGAAUUAACAUUGUUAAAUUACAUCUGUGCCAGAUUUAUUCUACAUCAGUUACUAUUAUAUUGAUUAAUCUUUUUUUAAUAAACGAAAAUGUAAAUAUGACUCCGUGUUCUUCACGUUUAAUAAAUUCUGAUUAAAAUUUAUGAUAUAUGUAAUUACAGUCAAUUAAAUACACACAUAUGCCAUGUACUUAGUUUAUACGUUUAUUAGGAUCGUCGUCAAACAAAUAAGUAACUACAAUUUGUUAACAUCUUAUGAGCUGUGAAUUAUAUGCUGACAAAAGUGUAAAGGAUCACCAAUAAAAUCAUAAUUUUACCUUCUUCCUUUGA